AUGACUACCCAAACCCCAGUUCCCUACCCGACGACAGAUGGCAUUUCGGGUCCCCCCCUGCGAUGGUUCCUGGACAACGACAAGGACUAUGGCGACGUGCCGGUCUCAUCCUUCGACGAUCGGCGCCUGAAUCCCUUCCGGCCAUCGUACAAUGCCAAUGCGGCAUGGAGGGCAUUCCUCAACGCCCCCAACCGUCACGACUAUAUCCAUCUCCUGUGCCGGUGGCGGCUGCGCUACAUCAACCCCAAUACGCCCACGUGCGACAUGUGCGCCGUGUUUGGACGGGACUGCAGCAUCGGAGGCGAUGGCGACUGCCAGGAAUGCAGUGAGGAUGGAGACAUCUGCGGCGUGGUGAGCCUCCGGAGCACAUCGUCCAUGGUGCAGGAGUACGUCCGCGGCCGAGGGUACUGGUGGUUCACGGGCGUGGGCAAGCGGGCCUGCGAUGCCUGUGUUGCGGGUGACCUGGACAGCGAUUGCGACAUCUGGAGGGACGGGGGUUGUCUGGCAUGUAGUACCAGCGGCGCGAACUGCCUCGUCCGCGGCGAGGUUCCUGGCAGCUUCGCGGAGCGCAUGGCGCGGCGGGAAGGACACGAAGAGCGCAUCACUGACAUCCGGCCAGAGCCCAGGGACUCCCAGCGCGAUCUGGCAUAUAUCUAUAAUCUGGCUAUCCGCAACGUCCCGCCCGUGGUCGAGCCCUACCUGCCCCCCAAAUUGGCCGCGGCCUGGGGCGGCUUGGAUAUGAGUGCCCGCUACUAUGCCACUCUCGAGCAGGCUCACGAGGGGCUUCGAUGGAUGGGGAUGAAAUUCGAGGCAGCACGCACUAUUGGAGAUCCCGGCAUGCCCAGAACGGCGGCUACGGCGUGCGACCCAUGCGGCCGGGCCAACGUAGGCUGUUCAUCCACGCGUGCUGGGAUCACAUGUGACCGGUGUAAGUUCCACCGGCAAGAGUGCCGCUGGUUCUGGAUACCUGUCGCAGCAAGGACGCGUGUCGUGUGUCGUGAGUGUAGGGCAGCUGGCCGCCCAGACCUCUGCGACGCCGAGGCGCCCUCUGUCCCGGCAGUAUGGGGCAAGGGGUGCUCGUGUUGCCGACAGCUCGAUCAGCAUUGCACCUACAUUGCACCAAACCUCAACACUCACACGCUCUUCCCACGCCCCGACGGGAUUUUGCGCCCCAUGUGCUGCGACCAGUGCUUGGAGCAUGUCGACCCGAUCCACCCGCCCGACGGCAUCAAGUCCUGCUCGUACCGCAGCGACCUGGCUGGCCCGGAGCAGCCCAGCGAGCCAUGCGAGCAGUGCUUGGUCAGCGGCCGCGUGUGCACCAUUGGCGGGCGCGUCUUCUACGCGCCGGAGCUCAGCACGGUGGUCCCCGUCCCGCCCGCGAACUCGCAGACCCGGCCGUCGCACCUGUUCCUGACGAAGAAUCUGCCCCGCGAGCGGCUGCGGCAUCAGGUUGAGCAGGUGCAGGCGCCCCGGGAGGACGUCCCGGUCUCGUACGAGGCGCGGGCGGGCAGCACGGAGCUUGUGGGGCUGGGCGGCGGCGGCGACGCCGCCGAGUGGAGCGCUGAGCGGCUGGCGAACCGGGAGCCCGGCUGGGCCAGCGUCGGGCUCCGCGAGGCGGGCAACCGGUACGGCACACGUCCGAGGCGGCGCCAGGUCCGCGGCGCAUGGGACCCGGAGACGCGCACCGCCGGCGGGCGCUGGCUAGGCGGGCCUCCCAGCGGUGGGACUGCCCCUAUGGAUGGUGGUGCUUGA